AUGAGCGAGGGUAAAUUUUGUAGUUUUUGCGCAUUUAUUACUUAUGGAUUUUUUUCCGGUUUAUUUUAUUACUACACCUUCAUUAUCGAAAAGGAUAACGUCUGUACUGCUAGUGAUGAAUCGUAAAUAGCUUCAAAUACUGAUGGAGCCUAUGAUGUUUCAGAAAGAUUUCAUACAGUGCUUAUGCUUUUUACCUUCACAAUUUUCGUUGGUUAUAUAAGAGCAAUUCUCAGUGUUGUCGAAAUUUUAGCACUCAGCAAAGGUUUGUUCUGGUAGUUACCUUAAAAGUGA